AUGCCAUCGGCAGCGCUGGCUGCCACGCCGGACUCUCCGUCGCCGUCGCCGCACCACUACCGCGGCCGGUUACGCUCGCCGCUGGCAAACGGCGGCACCAAGGGGAACUUCGAGCUCCGGCACUGGCGCACGCCGCUCAAGCGGGCUCCGUCGUGCCCCCCGCCGGGGAUCGAGAUACCCAGCAACGACGACGAUGGCAGCGGGAACGGGUACACCAGCCUCCGGGACAUCCUAGCGUCGCCGCGGUACACGGGGGCAGGGAGCUCGCCGGCGGCCUGCGUCAUCGGUGGCGCCGGCAGCUGUGGGGACAUACACAUGAUACGCCACCCGCUGGUAAAACACGCGGCGUACGCGUACCUGCAGAUGACGCCGUCGGCGAGGGAGGACCCAACCCGCCGGAACCGGCGCUGGCGCAGCCCGCUCUGCCGCCUCCUGUUCGGCUGCCUCAGCUUCAUCGGAGCACUCUUCCGGCCGUGA